AUGAGAAGACCAUUUUCACGAGACUUUACACGUCACACUGGUUUUCUCUUCGAGAUUAUUUUUUUUCUCAUUUAUCAGUAUUUUUUUAUUAAUAUCUAUCUAUCUAUCUAUCUUUUUUAUCUUUCCUUUCUCUAUCAGGGUUUAAUAAUAUCUAUCUAUCUAUCUAUCCUAAGAAAUUUUAAUCAUCUAUCUAUCUAUCUAUCUGAUCUAUCGACGAUCUAUCUUCAGUCUUUUUUAUCCAUCUAUCUAUCGAUCUAUCUAUUCAUCUACUCAGGCAUUCAUGCCAUUCAUCUAUCAAGGGGUAUCAAUCUAUUGAGAUCAAUCUAUCUAGACAUAGGGACACAUAUUUAUCUAAGAAUAGAUGAGCCAGUGAGGAUCGAAUCUAUCUAUCUAUCUAUCUAUCGGAAGACAUCUAUCCACCAGACUCCCAGAGCAUUUAUUUUUAUCUAUUCAUUUUUUUAUCCAUUUAUUCCAAGAACAUCUAGAUCUAUCUAUCUCAUCUUAUUUUUAUUAUUAUCAUUCAUCUAUCUAUCUAUCUAUCUAUACACUUUUUAUCUAUCUAUCUAUCUAUCUACACAUAAAUCUAUCUAUCUAAAGAAAGAAAAUCUAUAG